AUGUCCAUAUCGCCUCUAUGCUCAUUCAAUCAAGUAUUGUUGAAGACAGUGAUUCAGACAACUGCGCCUGCUAUGGCGCAUACAGGGCUGACGGGAAGCCCCUAUGUUAUUUGUGGAUAUGAGCGAAAACGACAUAAAUCGGAUCAGAUGCAAGAAGAAAACUUGGAGAAAGGCCUCCGUCGAUUUGUUCGUUCCUUCGGACAAGAUACGCUGUCUAUUAACUCUCGAGACACCGAAAGUUAUCGGUUGGCCGUCAUCAUGUUAGACCAGGAGGUAACCCAGGAAGAAGCAGAUAUCGAAAUCGGAAUAGCUAAUCUCAUGGUUCAUAAGAGACAACGAACGAUGGUCUUAAGGGGUGACAUGAGCAACAAUGCAUAA